CAAACAUUCAUCAUAAUGCCCGCGAUACCUACAACGCAGAGUGCAUUGGUGGUGCGGGGGCCCAACUCCCUCCGAUGUGUGACCGACACCCCUGUGCCGUCCCUCGCAGGGGACCAGAUCCUGGUGCAGACUAGGGCCGUUGCACUCAACCCGUCUGAUUGGAAGAUGCUCGAUGCAGCAGCGGCCACCCCGGGCGCAAUUAGUGGCAGCGACUUUGCUGGAGUCAUCGUUACAUGUGGAGAAGAAGUGCAGAACAUGUCAAUCGGCGAACGUGUCUGCGGCUUUGUCUUUGGGGCCAGUCCUACAAGCCCGAACAAUGGUGCCUUUGCAGAUUAUAUCGUCGCUCACCCGAGUCUCUGCUUUCGAGUGCCUCCGACCAUGACUUUUGAAGAGGCUGCUUCUGUGGGUAUGGGUCUGAUGACUGUAGGACUACUCUUUCGUUCGCUUGGCUUGCAGACAGAGAUAAGCCUCAACCCUGAUUCAACGAACACAAACAAGCCAUUUGUCCUCGUAUACGGAGGCUCAACAGCGACCGGCACGCUGGCCAUUCAGAUGCUUCGACUCCAUGGCUACCAGCCGAUCACGACGUGCUCACCGCGGCAUUUCCCGCUCGUAAAGCAGCGGGGGGCCACGGCAGCCUUUGACUACGCCUCACGCACUUGCAAGGAAGACAUCCGUGCUUACACGAAGGGUACACUGGCGUUUGCUAUGGACUGUAUUGCCGACUCUCAUGCCACAACGGUGUGCUAUGGCGCUAUUGGUGGGGAUGGGGGCCGAUAUUGCGCAUUAGACCGAUAUCCCCCUCGGCUGGAGGGUCGCCGGCAGGAUAUCCAACCAGAGUGGAUUCACAGCGCCACUAUUUUUGGGGAGGAUGUCCAGCUAGCAGGGUCUUAUCAUCGCACUGCACGGCCUGAAGAUCGCCAAUUUGCUAUUGAGUGGGUACGUCAUUGCACCCACAUUUUGGCACGGGGGGAAUUGCAGACCCAUCCACUGCAAGUGCAGAAAGGGGGUUUGCCGCGAAUUGUUGGCGAUUUGCCUCUGCUCCGGAGUAAGCAGAUUUCGGGCCGCAAAUUGGUCUAUCCUGUGGGAAGCGCAUAGGCGAUACGGCGGUAAAUACUCCGUCGAAGCACACCAGGGCAGGAGUGGAAGUUCGACCGAAGAAUACGAGUGGUCAUCAAUGUCCAGUAAUGUUUGUUGAGCACGUUUCUGUCUUGGCUGGCAAAGAAGGCGCAAAAGAGGUUUUGUGGUUUGCUGUUGGACGACACGCGUGACUGAUCAGGGCGGUUUGAUUUGUGCCUUAAUCUGUUCCUUUAACAUUAUCACUUAUGGUAACUGUUUACUUGGCUUGUGACUGGUUAAUUAGAUUUUCACAAGGAUUCCGCAGAGCGAGAAUAGCGAAUCAUGCCCCGAGCUAAGUGCUAGUGCUUACCUCUUUGGCGGCAUCAUCGAGCUAGGGCUGCAAGUUCUGGUGGCUUCGUAAGUCUAGGCUUCUGUUAAUCACAGAGACAUGUCUUCAACGCG